AUGGACCGUCCUUCACAUCUGGCCAUCAUCCUUGACCUGUCCCCGACCCAAUGGCAUCUGUCCUCUCUUCCAAAGAACGCAUAUCCUCUUUCAUUCAAGUCGUUUCUCGCACAAACUCUCGCGUUUCUAAACUCCCAUCUGGCACUGAAGCAUGAGAACACGCUCGCUGUGUAUGGUGCAUUUCCUGGAAAGAGUGUUCUUCUAUAUUCUUCGAUGGAUCACAAACCUGAAGGCGUAGACGAUAGUAUAGCGGAUCCGAAUACAUACUUGCCGUUCAAGGUCGUUGACACUGCUGUAACGAAGAGGAUUAGUGAAGAGCUAGACGCGAUGUCAGAUUUUGAUGAAGAGGCACCAUGUCAGCUUGUCGGAGCAUUAACGAAGGCGUUAUGCCAUAUCAACCGUCUCGUGAAUCCAACUGCUACCAGCAUUGACUCAGACGUGCCUGUUGUACCACCAGAACCUCGAAUUGUCAUUCUCUCAGUCUCGCCAGACCUAUCGACAUCCUAUAUUCCUCUCAUGAACAGUAUAUUUUCUGCUCAAAAACUUAAAGUUGCAAUAGAUGUUUGCAAGAUAUAUGGGCCCGAUGCGGUGUUCCUACAGCAAGCGGCGCAUUUGACCGGAGGAUCAUACAUUUAUCUUGAAAGACGGGAUGCCCUACUGCAACACCUUCUGAUGACCUUCCUACCGACGCCAUCUAUACGACAACUUAUCGCAGUUCCUACGCAAGACAAAAUAGACUUCCGAGCUGCAUGCUUUUGCCAUAAAACAAUUGUGGACAUUGGAUUUGUCUGCUCAGUUUGCUUAUCCAUCUUUUGUCAGCCAGUUCCUGUCUGUUCAACAUGCCGGACGAAAUUCCCGAUCAAGAGUUUACAACGGUUAAACGCUUCUCGUCCGACGCCGCCUCCAGGUCAGCGAGCUUCUUCUGUAGUACCUUCUGGAGCGCGGACGCCCGUUACGCCUGCAGGUGGCGGUACUGGAACUCCGCGCCCUACUGCACCCAGUGCGUUGAGCUCUAGCUUGACGCUUGGUGUUGGCUCAAUGAGUCUAGGAUCGUCAGAUAAUAUACGAACGAAUGGUUCUGUUAGCACGGCGAGUGGGAACGCUACACCUAACUCGAGCGGGUCAGGGCCAGGGUAA